ACGAAGACGAAGACGAGGACGAAGUAUAUUAUACAUUGUCCGAUGAAUUUCUGGAAGCUUUCUAUAAAAAUCCCGAAAAUUUCAAUUUUGACAUUUUUGAUGACGUUCCGCAAAACAUUGAGGAGAACAUAUAUGACCACCGCCGAUCAAUGGAAACCGAAAAUAACGAACAGCACGUGACGCAUGUGUGGCACACGGA